CUCCUCAAUUUUCGCCAGGUUGUUGAGCUUCUUAAUUUAAUAUAGCCGUUGGGACCCGUGAGAAACAAGAAAAAACAUAACGAGUUUAAAACCCCUAAAUUCAAUCUGCAAUUAUUUUAAUCUUCAACAAUUAAAUCUGCUCUCUCUAAUUUCAUCGUCAUCUUAAUUCUUCCUUCUUGUUUACUAAUAAUAAUCUGUCUCUUUUGUUUUGCAGGGUUUAACUCGAAUUUCUUUUUGUGUUGCAUUAUUUUUGUUGUAUAUCAUACAUUUCCUGUUCUGUUGCUUUUGUGCAUUGUUUUUUUUUGUGUUGCAGAAACCUUUUUGAAUGUUUAGAUGGAUCGACGUGGUGUGUUUCGAGAUAUCUCCUUUCGCCAGAAGAAUUGUAAUGAGAAUUUGGACAGGUUUAUACCAAAUCGGUCGGCUAUGGAUUUCGACUACGCACACUACAUGCUGACCGAUGGGAGGAAAGAUAAGGAAAAUCCUGCACCUACCUCACCAUCAAAGUUGGCCUACCAGAAGCAGCUGAAGGAGAUAUUCCACAAGAACAGGACUAGGAUUCUUGAAUUCAAGAACAAGCCACACAUUCCUGUUGAGUUUAUGCCACAAGAGUAUGCUUCAGUACAACCAUCCAAGCCCAUCAAGCCUCGCAGACACAUUCCUCAGACUUCGGAACGCACUUUGGAUUGCCCUGAUCUCAUGGAUGAUUACUACGUGAAUUUGCUGGACUGGAGUAGUAGCAACGUCAUUGCAGUAGCACUUGGAACCACAGUAUACUUCUGGGAUGCAUCUAGUGGUUCUAUUUCAGGACAUGUUACAGUUGAUGAUGAUAAAGGUCCGAUAAACAGUGUUAACUGGGCUCCAGAUGGCUGUCACAUUGCUGUUGGGCUGAACAACGCUGAAGUUCAGCUUUGGGAUUACUCAGUGAAUCGGCUGCUGAGGACUUUUAGAGGCUACCAUGAAGCUCGUGUUGGUUCUCUAGCUUGGAACAACAAUAUCCUCACAACCGGAUCAAUGGACAGCAAAAUUAUCAACAACGACGUAAGGACUAGAGAUCACGUUGUGGGGAUCUACAGAGGACACCAGCAAGAGGUUUGUGGGCUGAAAUGGUCUGCGUCUGGCCAACAACUAGCUAGUGGGGGCAAUGAUAACCUUCUUCAUAUUUGGGAUAUAUCAGCAUCGUCAAAUACUUCUUCUCAGUAUCUGCACAGGAUUACAGAGCACACAGCUGCUGUGAAAGCCCUCGCAUGGUGCCCAUUCCAGGGAAAUUUGUUGGCUUCUGGAGGAGGUGCGGCCGACAGAUGCAUCAAGUUUUGGAACACCCAUACCGGAGCAUGCUUAAAGUCAGUGGACACUGGUUCUCAGGUUUGUUCUUUACUGUGGAGCAAGAAUGAGCGCGAGUUGCUUAGCUCACAUGGUUACACCGACAACCAGCUGAUCUUGUGGAAGUAUCCUUCUAUGGUGAAAAUGACCGAGCUUGCUGGACAUACAUCCAGAGCACUUUUCAUGGCUCAGAGUCCAGAUGGAUGUACAGUUGCUUCUGCCGGUGACGAGAUAUUGAGGUUUUGGAAUAUGUUUGGGACUCCUGAAGUUACUAAACCUGCACGAAAACGUGAUCCUGAACCAUUUGCCUAUGUGUGUCGCAUCCGUUGAUGACUAUCUGCCGUGCUGUCAAGGUAUAAAAAAACAUUUUGGGCCGUUUUGAGAGAUGACUCAUGCUCUCGACCGAUAUUUGGCGUUAUGAUAGGCGCAUUACUCGCGUCACUUUUCUGCAACAGCGAUCGCGACCAGUACCACAUUUUUACACUAUCAUCAUUGUGUUACGAAGCACUUUAAAAGGUUUUGUAUUUUACAGAAAUGAUAUAUGAGCACGCGGCAGCUGCCAACCAUCGCAAUUGCUAGGAAAAGUGGCAUCUGUAACCAUUGUUGCAACUUGCAACCUUGACCACACCAGAUUUUAUACCAUGGUUUCAGUUAGGCUGUGAUUAAGAUCAAAUGCUUCUAUGACUUUGAUUCUUAAAUUAUAAUCUUAUAGUGAAGAUUUGUAUUUUGUAAAAUUCCAAAGCACUUACUGGAGCUCAACCUAAUUACUGGUAGUAGAAGCACUUCUUUUGGGAGCCACUUAAUGGUGGGAUUCGGAAUUUUGUUGGGUAACUAUUUGUUCUAGACAAU